AAAGGCAUAUCCAUUUUCGUUAAGCAGCAUCCUUCACUGUUGUGCUCCAGCUUGGCUGAGGAACAUUCCUCCCCAAAGACAAACAUCAGAGCCUCUGACUCAUAAGCUGUGAGUGAAUAAAUCAUAGAGUUGACAUCAGGAGGCCAGUGAUGUCAUGCUGAUGUCAGUGCCUCCAAUUGUAGAUUAUAUACACAGCCUCGCUGUUGGCUCUGGCAACAAUUCAGUCAGAGAGGAGACUCUGAAGGAGACACUGUCUCUGGGAAAAACAUUGGAGUAGACACAGAAUGGCUGUAACUGCGGAUGAGACAGAAGCAGCUCCUGGAGGGGACUUCACUGCCUACCAGCUUCAAAAACCCAGCUCCAGUCUUCCACAGGGAGUGGCUGGUAAUGCCAUCGCACAUAGCUCCAAGAAAUCCACAGUGGAUGAUGUACAAAGGAGAGAAUUUCGCUUGAUGAAAAACAGGAUGGCCGCCCGGGAGUGUCGACGGAAAAAGAGAGAACAUCUCAAAUACCUGGAAGAUCGUUUGGUGGUGCUAGAAAAUCAAAACAAGACUCUGAUUGAGGAGCUCAGAGUCUUAAAAGACAUGUGUCAGCAAAAAGCGGAAUAAAUAACUUCACAGCUACAGUAAAGCAUGACAGCGAGAUUUCAACAUAUGGUUGGAAUAUGAACUUAGAAUCAUGCCUGUCACAAGACUCUGCCGACUCAUCUGAGUAGUGAAAGUGUGAUGUCACUACCUGAAAACAAGUUUCACAAUUUCACACUGGAGCUUUAACUCUGUUUCUUUUGUUUCUGUUUUAAAUGAAACACUCCUGAAUGAAUUUAGAAAUGCAUGCAUGACAUAUUUAUACAUUACAUAUUUCGAUUUUACUUCUAUUCUAACUUUCUUAUUGAAUGUUUUCCACUGUUGUCUCUUUGUUACCACAAUGUAUUUGUAGAUUGUUAAUCUCAAUAAAGUCCUUGCUUAUCUGUAUUUGUUGUUUUCCCACAUGUGAGUUAAUCAGGGACCAAACGGGGAUGUGAUGACUAGUUUUUUGUGAAGCAAUUCAAAACAAGUUUUGUUCUGAAUCUGAGCCGGGGAGAGAAAUGGAAGAAAUAUAACACAAUUCUAUCUCAAAAUCAA